CAGUUAGAUAAGAUUAAAAUUAAUUUAGCUACUCUUGCUACUCAUAAACAAGCUAUGGAUUUAUCAUUUUCCAGUCAAGAACUCAGUUCAGAGCCUAGCAAUUCAUCUGAUGAGACACUAGAGCUAGCAGCUGGUGCAUCAAGUACCCCUCGAAGUACCCUGUCAUUGAACUUGACAUCAAAUUCGAGUUCGAGGUCAGGUAAAAAGAGAAGUUUAGCAUGGGUACACUACACAACAACAACAUCAGACGAUAAGACUGCCCAGUGUAACUUGUGUGGAGAGAAAGUAAAAACAUCUGGAAAUACUACAAAUUUAAUGAUACAUUUGAAAAAAUACCACGAAUCUGAACAUGCAGCCAUCAUGCAGCAGCAGGAAAAAGUGACACAAAAUCCGUCAAAAAAGCGCUGCACUGAAUUAGCAAAGGGUCAGCUAACACUAUCUGGAUCAAUAGAAAGGACAGCAGGAUAUCCUAGUAUGGAAUUAAAUACAUCUAUAAUUAUAUUGACUGUUAUUUACCUAGAGAAUUCAUUUAAACGAGCUUUAAUUGACAAGGCCCUUGUUAAAAUGAUCACCACUGAUCUACAACCUGCAAGUUUUGUGGAAGACACUGGAUUUAAUGAGUUCCUCCGUGUCAUUGAUCCGAAGUACACUCCUCCAAGCCGGCGUACCAUCAUGCGAGAUCAUCUCUCACAGUUGUAUAGCUCAAAGUGUGAUGAGCUGAGGAAGGAGCUGGAAGGAGUACAACACUGCUCGAUAACAACAGACUGCUGGACAUCACGAGCAACAGAAGGGUAUAUUAUUGUGACAUGCCAUUACAUCAGGAAUAAUUGGGAGCUUCGAUCAAUGGUACUCAACACUACUCGUCUGACAACAAGUCAUACCUCUGAAAACCUCGCCUUAGCACUGAAAGAGAUUACUGAUCGUUGGGGGAUCACAGAGAAGGUACACUGUUGCAUAUCAGACAGUGCUAAUAAUAUCAAGCGAGCUAUACGACUGAACCAAUGGAGCCAUCUUUCCUGUCUGGCACACACGAUAAACCUCAUUGUUGCCACUUCCAUCAGUCAUGACCAGGAGCUUGUCACUCUAGUUGGAAGUGUGAAGAAGAUUGUCAGUUUUUUUCACCACAGUUCAAAGGCAAUGGAUAGCCUUCAUUUAAAUCAGAAGCGUCUCAACCUACCCGAACACAAGUUGAUCCAGCAGGUAGACACAAGGUGGAAUUCCACCUAUUAUAUGCUAGAACGAUAUCUUGAGCAAUAUGAAGCUAUCAAGACCACCUUGUGUUUGCUAGACCGCAAUGAUCUAAUGAUUCCUAGAGAAAGGAAUACUGCACUCCAGGAGGUAGUAAAAAUUCUCACCCCAUUUGAAUCCGUGACGAGAGAAAUAUCAAGUGAGAACUACACAUCUGGGUCAAAGAUUAUACCGAUCUCAAGGUGUCUUCAACGUUUAGUAUCCACUUCAGUGACAUCACAUUCUCUAGCAGAGAGCCUAGUUACAGAAAUGAGGGCACGGUUUUUAGGGAUGGAAGAAAAUAACCUCCUUACUGUGUCGACUCUGCUGGACCCUAGAUUUAAGAAGCUCGCUUUUUCUGAUAAAGAUGCAGCAGAGAGAGGUGUCAGGAUUCUUCUAUCUGAGGCUUCUAUUGAUGUUCCGGCAGGUAACAGUAGGGUCAAUGAGCCAUCAGUCUCAAUCCAGUCUGCAGAGCCACAACCUAAUGACCUCUGGAAGGUAUUUGAUGAAGAGGUUGCUCAGGUAGCUACUCAGAGAACGGCAGUACAUCAGCAUACACUGAAGUUCAACAGUUCAUGAGAUCCCCUGUCAUUUCUAGA